AUGCAUACAAUACGCCAUUUGCGGUGAAAUAGACGUGCGUAUACGCAUAGAAUAUCCUCAGUCACAGUAGUACUUGUUUCCAUCUCUUCCUCGUGUCUAUUACUCUGCUGAAGUGUCGCACAAGCCUUGCGAGCCUCCCACACUUGAAGUAGUGGCAGAAUUUCAUCCGUCCAACAUUAUGGCAAGCAGCAACACCAAGACUCGUACCUUCGAGACCCAAAGUGGUCCGGUCAUUGCAGACGUGCAAUCCGAUUUGACUCGAGCCAGAGCGAUACCUUUUGGACAAGCCAAACGAUUCGCCAAACCUGGGAAGCCCACGCCCUGGACCGAACCCCGAGACUGUACCAAACUCGGACCCGUCUCGCCCCAGAUCAAGUUCCGAUUGGAAUUUGUUUUAGGAGAGCGUGCAUCUGAUCGGGAAUUCAGCGAGGACUGCCUUUCCUUGACCGUCAUCACUCCCACCGAUAGCACACAGCAAUCGAAACUCCCGGUGAUUGUCUGGUACCAUGGUGGUGCUAACAUUGCCGGCGGUGCGGACAUUGACAUCCUCGACACCAGCGAUCUCGCGCGGCGAGGCGCAGUCUUGGUCAACGUACAAUACCGACUGAGCAUCUUCGGCUGUCUCGAGGUCGACGGUCUGAUCCCGCCGAAUCUCCACGUGCUAGAUCAAAUUCAAGCGUUGCAAUGGGUCCACGACAACAUCAGCAAUUUUGGCGGUGACCCCGAGCUCGUGACAAUUAUGGGCCAGUCCGCUGGCGGCUGUGCUGUCUACAACAUCAUCAUGGCCGAAGGCACUGAGCAUCUCUACCAGCGAGCCAUCCUGCAGAGUGCCCCCCUGGGCAUUAUCAGCCGCUCAGGCAAAGACGCCAAAAUCAACGCCGAACGGGCCCGCGAACUCCUCGGCGGAACGUCCGAAUCCGCCGCAUCCAAGACCACGGCCGAAAUGACCGAGAUCCUAGAAACCCUCAUCGACGAGCAGCGCGCCCGCGGCGGCGGCCUCGGCUUCUGGGCAAGCUGGGGCAAGCACCCGCUCCCCGAACCAUCGCAGAUCCCCUCACGCAUCGCCGAGCUCGCGCCCAAGAAAGACCUCUUCCUCGGCUGGACCGCUGACGACAGUCUCCCCUUCAUCCAACUCUCGGGCGGCCUUCCCUCACGGGUCGCUAGCAUCCCCCUCAUCGGCGGCUACGCGCUCAACACGAUCAGCAAAUACGUCACCAACUUCGUCUUCAAGCAGCCCACGCUGGAAUUCCAUGCACAGUGGCAGAAACACGGCGGGAAAUCGACCGCUUUCCGCUUCGACUGGUUUCCGGCAGGAAGUGCGCUGCGGGCGUGCCAUUGCAUCGAUCUGGUGUUCCUGUUUGCUGAUUGGAGCGUUUGGUCGCGGGCUCCGCUUGCCCAGGGGCCUGGCUCCCAGGCGAUUGUGGAGAGGCUGGCGCCGCAUGUCAAGGACACUUUUGUGCAUUUCGCCAAGAGCGGGUUGCCGACUGGAGAGUUGAUUGUUAUUGAUGAGAGAUUCUCGUCCAAGCCGUGGGUCGGCGGCAAGGAUUAGGUCAAUGGUAGAUUUGAAAGUUGUGUGAUGUAGAUAGUGACUGGUCAUGUUGUGAUGAUGUUUAUGAGCUGAACGAUGAAGGACAAUCGCAUAUCAUUUUAGUCAGUGCGCCAUGAAUUUGGUGUCGCAAUGGAGAAAUGGAUGUUUCAAUCAGCAAAGUGUAGGUGUCUGCAAUUUGGUUAUGUGCUAUGUAGACCAAACCGAGCAUCCAAGGUAGAAAGGCAGGAAAUACCAAUAUUUUCGUGAAGAUAAUAUUUAUUCACCCAAAAUCCCGCUCGGACAUUCAAUGCCAAAUCUCACAUCUAGUGUGUAUCUGCGUGAGUGGCAAACCCUCACACGUUCGCUACAAUCAACCCUCACUGUUCGAGGAAAAGCGACCGUCUUCUCCCUG